UCGCGAGUCGGGGGCGGGCCCCGAGAGCGGGCGGAAGAUGGCGGAGGGCGGCCGCGCGGAGCCGGAGGAGCAGGAGAGGGGGUCCUCGAGGCCACGGCCCCCGAGUGCGCGGGACUUACAGUUGGCCUUGGCAGGACUGUAUGAAGAGGAAGUGAAAUGCAAGUCUUCCAAGCCUGACAGACCUACAGCUGCAGCCUUUAAGAGUCCGCGGACACUGCCCCAUCGGCUUUAUUCAGGUGAACAGGAAUAUGGUGGAUUACAUAUAGUUCAACCUCCAACUGGGAAAAUUGUGAAUGAACUUUUCAAAGAGGCAAGGGAGCAUGGGGCCGUCCCUCUAAGUGAAGCUACAAGAUCUUCAAGUGAUGACAAAGCCAAGUCAUUUACAGGUGGAGGAUACAGAUUGGGCAGUUCCUUCUGUAAGCGUUCAGAGUACAUCUAUGGAGAACAUCAGCUGCAAGAUGUUCAAGUUUUGCUGAAGCUGUGGAGCAAUGGUUUUAGUUUAGAUGAUGGAGAAUUGAGACCUUACAAUGACCCAACAAAUGCUCAGUUUUUGGAAUCUGUUAAGAGAGGAGAGAUUCCCCUGGAGCUUCAGCGACUGGUCCAUGGCAGCCAAGUGAAUCUGGAUAUGGAGGAUCAUCAAGACCAAGAGUAUAUAAAACCCAGAUUGCGAUUUAAGGCUUUUAGUGGAGAAGGGCAAAAACUUGGAAGCCUUACACCUGAAAUCGUCAGUACUCCUUCCUCCCCAGAAGAAGAGGAUAAAUCAAUACUUAAUGCAGCUGUUCUUAUUGAUGAUUCAGUUCCCACCACAAAAAUUCAGAUCAGGUUGGCAGAUGGAAGUCGUCUGAUACAGAGAUUCAACAGCACACACAGGAUUCUGGAUGUCCGAGACUUUAUAAUACAGUCACGUCCUGAAUUUUCAACAACUGACUUUAUUCUUGUAACUUCGUUUCCAAGUAAAGAGCUGACAGAUGAAAGUCUGACCCUACAAGAAGCAGAUAUUCUUAAUACCGUGAUACUCCAACAGCUAAAAUAGUAUUGCUCCAACCCAUGUAGGAAUAGGUAAUGUGCGUAUUACUAAAAUACUUCCAGCAUAAAAACAACCCAAUUAUUUUUUAUUAUUCAGAUAAAUUCUGCUUUUGCUGUUGAUCUAUCUUCCAGUAUUUGUCUAGAUAAAUUUAGACUACAGAUGGAUCUUGAUGUUUGAAUUUUUAGUUGCAGAGCUGGCUUCAAUUGAUAGCUGUAAACAUCUAGGUCAGCCAGCUUACUGUAUGCUCCGUGUCAAUGUAAUAACAUUUUCAGAUGAAGUAAAAAGAACUCUUUUUUGGUAAAUGUAUUUGGUAAAAUUUGUGCUCAAGUUUUUUAAUGCAGCAAUGAACAGUAGCCAGUAAAGAUCCCUUUCUGUAAUAUAUACCAGAAUGUCUGCUCUGAAUUUGACACUGUUUGAUCAUACAAUAAUUAAGAUUUUGCAUAUUCUUUUUACAUAUUGUUUGAACUAUGUUAGUAUUUUGGCCUUGUAUUUUGUAAAAUUGCAAGUAUCAUAAACUAAAUUUUAAUAGAUGUAAAAGUCAUCUGCUCUUGAGAAGACAUGAUAGACAGCACUUUAAAAUCAAGAAAUUAUAGUCCCUUCCAGAGCCUGCCUGGAUCACUUUCAUUUGUUCAUUCAACAUUUUAAUAGGGGAUAUAUUACAAGUAGGAACGCUAUUGAAGGUAUGCAACCCAGAGUAUAUUCUUCAGUGUAUGAACUCUGUCUGAGAGACUGGAACAAAAAUCACUAGCAAGAUGUUUAUGUUUUCCUUAUCCAGGCAUGUCGAUUCACAACAGAAAAGCAUGUUUCCCCUCAGACAACAUUCUAUCCUUAGUCACCAUUUCCAGGUAACUUUCUGUUGUUGAUGUAAGAAAUACAGAAUUUGUGACUGAAGUAGCACAGAUUUUAUUCUCUUAAAAGUAUGUAGGUCGGAAACUGAAAAUGAGUUUCUCUGUGCUUCAAUCAAGGUGUUGGUGGGACCCUAGACAAACAUUCUCUGGCUGUUGAGCCUCGAGAGGCCACCUCUGUUCCUUACCCAUGGUGCUCUCCCUCAUCAAACCGCCAGCACUUGCGUCCUUUGAGCCUUCUGUAGUUACACAGUUCUCUGCUUUUGAGGACAUGUAAGAUGUGAGAGGAUGCACAGACGAACGAACCCAUGAUCAUCGCCAAAUGUUAACUUAUAGUAACCUUAAUCAUCCUUCAGAGCUGCUCUUUCCAUUUCAUUCACCUUCAUGGGAGUGGGGACAUUGAUAUGGUUACUGUGGUGACAGCCCACAGUAUCUCAGAGAUUUAUUUACCAAAUAACUCACCCCGUCCAUUCAGAGGUGCUCAGAAAUCUCAAUG